AUGAAUCGACCAACAACACCCAGCUCAGAAUUACCGCCAGCGUAUGAAGAAGGUGUAUGCACUGAUAUUUCAGAGCGGCAAAACAGCGGAUCACAAAUACGCUUACUUAGAUCUAUAGAUGAACCCGAAUCACGACCCACCUAUUACCCUACCAAUUCCUAUCAAUCUUCUAUAAUAUCAGCAAGCUCACGAACACCUUCAAUUAUAGAGAUAGCCCCUGCUUUACCCCCAACACAAGACUCUCAUUGCCUAUAUCAGUCAGGUAACCGGAUAUCUUCGCCACCAUCUUGGACCCCGAUUAGAGAACCCCUAGAACCUAGUCGACCACCGCUCACUAAUUCACAAUACGAGCCCAGAGAUUUGAACGGGAGUCCGAGACCAGGCACUCCAUCUUCCCGAUACAUCCAGACUUCGAGAAGACCGCUCCCCCCAGCUCCGGUGUUCUGUGUUCCCGGAAGUCCUAAUCACUCCGAAGAUGCCGCAAUUACUAUCCCCCCUCACAUAGAUAUGACGGAAUCUGUUGACGAUGUAUUUGGUCCUGAAAGAUUUAUAAAGCAACCUCCAAGUAUAGACGCUGGCUCAUCGUACAUUUCUAACGAGAGUUAUGUCGAAAAACCGGAAUCAAUGAUAGACUAUGAACACUAUGGACCUGCUCCAGACGGUAAACAAGAGCGUCGGGGGGCUCGACAGGCUCAAAAGACUAAGAAAGAAGUCAAAUUGAUUAAUGGAGAGCUCAUUCUUGAAUGUAAAAUACCCACGAUUCUUUAUAGCUUCUUACCACGAAGGGACGAUAUCGAGUUUACCCACAUGCGUUACACAGCUGUGACGUGCGAUCCUGAUGAUUUUUUUUCCCGGGGAUACAAGCUACGGCAAAAUGUGGCCGAAAGAGAAACUGAGCUAUUUAUCUGCGUGACUAUGUAUAACGAAAACGAGAUCGAUUUUACAAGGACAAUUCACGCUGUAAUGAAAAAUGUGUCACAUUUCUGCUCAAGAACUAAAUCUCGCACGUGGGGCGAAAAUGGCUGGCAAAAGAUUGUGGUCUGUAUAGUUGCGGAUGGAAGAACCAAAGUUCAUCCCAGAACGUUAGAUGCGCUUGCCGCGAUGGGAAUCUAUCAAGACGGCAUUGCCAAAAAUUUGGUGAAUCAGAAAGAGGUGCAAGCUCACGUCUACGAAUAUACAACUCAAGUGUCUUUAGACUCGGACCUCAAAUUCAAAGGAGCGGAGAAAGGUAUUGUCCCGUGCCAAAUGAUCUUUUGCAUGAAAGAACAGAAUGCCAAGAAGUUGAACUCUCACCGCUGGUUCUUUAAUGCUUUCGGGCGAGCUCUCAUACCAAAUAUUUGCAUUCUACUCGAUGUCGGAACCAAGCCGGGUGGCAACUCACUUUAUCAUCUCUGGAAAGCAUUUGAUACAGACUCAAAUGUUGCAGGUGCCUGUGGUGAGAUCAAAGCCAUGAAAGGUAAAUAUGGCUCUGGUCUUCUUAAUCCACUGGUCGCGUCACAAAACUUUGAAUAUAAGAUGUCUAAUAUAUUAGAUAAGCCCCUUGAGUCGGUCUUUGGAUACAUAACAGUGCUUCCGGGUGCAUUAAGUGCUUAUCGAUAUCAUGCGUUGCAAAAUGAUCAUACUGGUCACGGGCCUUUGAGUCAAUACUUCAAAGGAGAGACACUUCAUGGACAAGACGCCGACGUGUUCACGGCCAAUAUGUACUUGGCUGAAGAUCGUAUCUUAUGCUGGGAGCUAGUGGCGAAGAGAGAUGAGAAAUGGGUCUUGAAAUACGUCAAAAGCUGCACAGGUGAGACUGAUGUGCCUGAUACUGUGCCCGAAUUUGUCUCUCAACGAAGAAGAUGGCUCAACGGCGCAUUUUUCGCUGCGGUCUACUCCCUGGUUCACUUUAGACAAAUUUGGUACACGGAUCAUACUAUUGGCCGAAAGAUCCUCCUUCAUAUUGAAUUUAUCUACCAGUUUCUAAACCUUGUUUUCACCUACUUCUCCUUGGCCAAUUUCUACCUGACAUUCUACUUCGUAGCUGGCUCUCUCUCAGACCCAAGGAUUGAUCCAUUCGGACAUCGUAUCGGUCUCGUACUUUUUAUUGUCUUCCGCUAUGCGCUCAUACUAUUAAUAUGCACUCAAUUUAUACUCUCCAUGGGGAAUCGCCCUCAAGGUUCUCGCAAACUCUAUCUGACUUCGAUGAUCAUAUACGCGAUUAUCAUGGCCUACAAUACCUAUGCCUGUAUCUACAUCAUAAUUCGCCAGCUCAAAAAUGGAACUACCAGAUAUGAGCUAGGAAAUAACAUGUUCACCAAUGUCAUAAUCUCUACGGCGUCGACCGUGGGCCUAUAUUUUUUGAUGUCAUUCCUCUACUUAGAUCCCUGGCACAUGAUCACUUCAGCUGGUCAGUAUUUCCUCCUCCUACCUAGCUACAUCUGUACGCUACAGGUGUAUGCAUUCUGUAAUACUCAUGACAUCUCCUGGGGCACUAAGGGUGAUAAUGUAAUUCACACCGAUUUGGGAGCCGCAACUGGACAUGGCAAGAGUGCCACUGUCGAGCUUGAAAUGCCAUCCGAACAGUUAGACAUUGACUCCGGCUAUGAUGAGGCAUUACGUAAUCUUCGAGAUCGGCUCGAGGUUACUGUAUCAGCUGUUUCAGAGCACCAGCAGCAAGAAGAUUACUACAAGAGCGUCCGAACUUAUGUCGUCGUCUCCUGGAUGGUAGCCAAUGCUGUUCUAGCCAUGGCAGUGAGUGAAGCAUACGGCGCAACUGCUGCGGGAAAUAAUAUCUACCUCAAGUUCAUUCUAUGGUCUGUGGCUUCGCUUGCAAUAUUUAGGGCUAUUGGUAGCGGCACCUUUGGUAUAAUCAACUGUGUAGAAGCCAUAGUGGAAGGACGUGUUCGCAUGCGGAUGAAACUUCCUCGUUGGGUAGGUAGUUGGAUAACGACAAUUCGUGAAAAGUUACAGGGAAGUGUUUCCAGUAUCACCUCAAGCGUCCGAGGUUAG